AUGUAUCAUGAUAGGAACUUUUCCGAUUGCGGAUAUCCAUCGCACAAUCCGCGAUCUAUGGUCCAUGUAAACGUUCUGUCAAACCAGAAAAAAUGGUAUACGAGACGGGUGCAACCUCCGAUCCCGCCCUGUCCCCUGGGAAAGUCGAGGCACUGCGUCCAAAUCCCAAAGAGCGGAUGCACGCGCGCAUCCGCAUCAUCCAGGAAGCCAGCCUCGUUCAAUAUAGAGACCGUAGUCCAUGGGAGAACUCGAGGCAUUGCAACUUCCGCUAGAGGGCGCGUAUCGACGCCUACGGCCUUGAAGCGAGCCGUUGAUCGCAACAUGUUUCUCAAACCGUUGCUUUUGGAUCGCUUGCAAGUUCCUUGUUCACGAAGGCCGAUUUCCACAACUGCACAGCGUGGCAGUGGCAAACGCUGCUCGGGCGUUGCAACAGGCUACGAUUUCGCGCGACGCAAACGAACGUUUGCCUCGCGGCUAUCUCAUACCGUUUGUCUGCAGGCUCGCGCUGGUAACGUUUGGACUCGGCUCGUGCAGCUCGCAGAUCUCGAGUCCGGGAGAGUCGCUCCUGGAAAAGCCCUGUUCUGGAAACAGCUAUGUGACGUCGUCGAAAGCGAGUCGCGUGAUCUCGACUUGCGAUCGCUUUCGCGAGACCACGACGCUGAAGCACAUCUCACGGACGAAUGGACUAUCACAGUGCUUGGAAACUCGACUCAAGCACCAAGCAAUAACGGAAAGGAAGCGGAGAGGCUUGACGGUACGGCGGCCGGAUGGGCGCUUCACGCGCUCUUCCACCUGCUGAGCGCAUCGUUCCACUGGGAUGUCAGUCGCCUGCGGUUGCUCGCACCGUCAGCGCUCGAGAUGAAUGUGCUGCUGUGGCGUCGCGAAAGUAGCAUGUCCUGGGACGAUGCCCUGCAACAAAUCCGCAACCAAUGGCGGAUCCAGAGAUGUGCGCAUCCGCAAAUAUCGAUGGUCGUGCAACGAGAGGGACCGGAUCGUCGCUACAAGCGACUUGCGAUAUUCGAUCUCGACUCAACACUGAUCCAGAAUGAGUCUAUUGACGAGCUCGCACGAAUCGCUGGCGUGGAGGACGCGGUUGCUCGCAUCACCGAGCAGGCCAUGCGAGGCGAGCUAGACUUUGCCGCUGCAUUCCGCCAGCGUGUGGCGUUGUUGACGGGUCUCGAGGCUGGUGCUGCGAUGCGAGCGGUUCGUGCGCGCCUACAGCUGACACCUGGUGCGCUUCGUCUUGUUCGUGUGCUCCGCACGCUCGGUACCAGAGUGGUGAUUGCUUCGGGAGGCUUUCAGCUUCUUGCCGAGUCCAUUCGAGAGCAGCUCGCCGCGGAUAAAGUGGUGGCAAAUGAGUUGGAAAUCGAUCCGAUCACCGGAGCUGUUACUGGUCGUGUAAACGGCCCUGUUGUCGAUGGCGCUGUCAAGCUAUCGACGUUGGAGGCGGAAUGGCGACGGCUUCAAAUCGGUUGCGCGUCUCCAACCGGGCGACUCGCACACACCAUGGCAGUUGGAGACGGUGCCAACGACUUGCCGAUGAUUCGACGGGCCUCGCUGGGGAUUGCUUUUCAGGCGAAGCCCCUGGUGCAAGAUGCAGCUGAUGCUUGUAUCAACACUGCGCGCAUCGAUACGGUGCUGUACCUGUUAGGUUUAUCGGAGCGCGAAAUUUGUGAAUUAGCAGGUGCGCAGGAUACCCAGAGCGCUUGUUCCUAG